CGCGAUCCCUGAAGGGAUGCAUCCGGAGUACUAUCGUGACCUCGUCACAAGAAGAGAUUAUGCUGAGGAGAACAGAAAGAUCUUUGCCACGGGGUUUUGGAAGUAUCCUCCGUCGGAGGAGACGCUGGAAGCAGAGAAAGGCGGGCUGGGACGCAUGUUCUCUCCCUUCGAGCAUGGAGUGAAGAAAGGCGGGCCUCAGAGUCCGUCUGCUCUCGAGUCGGAGGAGAAGGGACCGCAGCUCGGGCAGAAGCUAGACCGGAAGCCAUGGCUCACCAAGUUCAUCGCCAAGUCUGCUUCGAGGAACCCGCCGAAGAUGCCAGCCUGCGCCUCCUACUUCACCUCCCCCACCGUGAGCUCGCGGGACGAGCAGGCGCCGGAGAAGCCUUACAGCACGCUGGAUGCAGCCUACUUGAGCCCUACGUCCUUGAGGGGACAGCGAAGCUUCUCCUCCGAAGGGUCUUGGCUGCUCACUAGGGACAAGAGAUCUUCACUCAGUCUAGAGAAAGAAAGAUCCAGCUUCUUCUAAACACUCUUGUG